UUUAAUUUCGUAAAAAACGUUCCGAGCGUUUGGACGCGUGCAGCGGACGAAAAUAAAACACGGCGAGAGCGAGAAUCGUGUGUGUGGACACUCAAAGACUCAACUAAAAAACCAACUCGAAACGGUUGCACUGCAAAUGCCAAAGUAGUAAGGCCCAAAGUAAACGCGUGUGUGCAUAUUGAAUACGAAAAUUGUAAACGAUUUUUUUUUGCCGUGUGAGUGCAAGCGCAUACGAUCGAAGAAAAACAAGCCAGAGCAGAAAAAAAAGAACCGAAAACCUAAAAAAGGUAGAGGGGAAAGAAAACAAGAAGAAAAACACCAAAAUAAUAAUGGAUCGGGAGCUGAACGGGGCGAUGAAGAGCGUGUCCAUAAAUAGCGCCCAACUGAAUGGUCACAAUAACGGUGGCGGGCUAGAUGAAACGGACCGUGUGGGCGUGGCACAGGGGGCGGCACUGAGUGCAACAGAGAAAAUAACAACAACGACGGCGGCAGCUGCAGCGGCGGCAGCUACAAAAUCAGCGACAGCGGCCACAUAUGCAACCACAGCGACAGCCACAACCACAAAUCUUACAACUCACAGCCCGCAGCAAAUUGCACUCUUAUCCGCUGCAGAGAAAAGUAAGAUGGUGCACGAGUUAUGUCAGCAGCUGCUUCUAACGGACGAACAGGUGCAGGAGCUGUGCUACCGCAUCCUGCACGAGCUGCGACGCGGUCUGGCCAAGGAUACGCAUCCGAAGGCGAAUGUCAAGUGCUUCGUAACGUAUGUGCAGGAUCUGCCCAAUGGCAAUGAGCGUGGCAAGUUCCUGGCCUUGGAUCUGGGUGGCACCAACUUCCGUGUGCUGCUCAUCCAUCUGCAGGAGAACAACGAUUUCCAAAUGGAGUCCCGCAUCUAUGCCAUACCGCAGCACAUUAUGAUUGGUUCGGGUACCCAGCUCUUCGAUCACAUCGCCGAGUGUCUGUCCAACUUUAUGGCCGAGCACAAUGUGUACAAGGAGCGUUUGCCACUCGGUUUCACCUUCUCGUUCCCGCUGCGCCAGCUGGGUCUGACCAAGGGCCUGCUGGAGACCUGGACCAAGGGCUUCAAUUGUGCCGGUGUCGUCAACGAGGAUGUUGUCCAGCUUCUAAAGGAUGCCAUUGCCCGACGUGGCGAUGUCCAGAUCGAUGUGUGUGCCAUUCUGAAUGACACCACUGGCACGCUGAUGAGCUGCGCCUGGAAGAAUCACAACUGCAAAAUCGGUCUGAUUGUCGGCACCGGUGCCAAUGCCUGCUAUAUGGAGCGGGUGGAGGAGGCCGAGCUCUUCGCCGCCGAAGAUCCGCGCAAGAAGCAUGUCCUGAUCAACACGGAAUGGGGUGCAUUCGGUGACAAUGGCGCCCUGGACUUUGUGCGCACCGAAUUCGAUCGGGACAUCGAUGUGCACAGCAUCAAUCCGGGCAAGCAGACGUUCGAGAAGAUGAUAUCCGGCAUGUAUAUGGGCGAGCUGGUGCGUCUGGUGCUGGUGAAGAUGACCCAGGCGGGCAUACUGUUCAAUGGACAGGAUUCCGAAGUGCUGAACACCCGCGGUCUGUUCUUUACCAAGUAUGUGAGCGAAAUCGAAGCGGACGAGCCGGGUAACUUCACCAAUUGCCGCCUGGUGCUGGAGGAGCUCGGCCUGACCAAUGCCACCGAUGGGGACUGCGCCAAUGUGCGGUACAUCUGCGAGUGCGUCUCGAAACGGGCUGCCCACCUGGUGUCCGCCGGCAUUGCCACGCUGAUCAACAAAAUGGACGAGCCAACGGUGACGGUGGGCGUCGAUGGCAGUGUGUACCGCUUCCAUCCCAAGUUCCAUAACCUGAUGGUCGAGAAGAUCUCGCAGCUGAUCAAGCCGGGCAUCACCUUCGAUCUGAUGCUGUCCGAGGACGGUUCCGGUCGUGGAGCGGCCCUGGUGGCGGCCGUCGCCUGUCGCGAGGACAUACUCAAUGGCAAGAAGUAGAGCUGGAGCAGUAGGAGCUGGAGCAGAAACCAUGAAGGAGGAGCCGCUGGAGCAGCUGGAGCAGUCCUAAGAGAUACAGCAACACACCCACACAACCAACAAACAAACUGCAGAGCAAAUGAGAAACACCUAGUAAACGGCCACGGUGGCGUAUGCGUAAUAAUUACAGCAGAGCCACGCUAACUCACAAAAGCCCUAUAGCCAAAAUAUAUGAAAAACAAAAAAACGAAGCUGCCACGACGAAAUGUUAUCGAAAAGCCCACGAAAAAACCUCUAUAUGCAUAUGUAGGGCAUUUGCGAGUUGGCGCGACUUGGCUUUAGUAUUUUAAUUAGGCAAAAAAAACCAGGUUUUUAACUAAAAACACAAGCGUAACAGAAAACCUCCACUAAGAGACAGAAGAUCUGUGGCAUUCUAUCUCUUUCUCUCCUAGUUAAAGAAAAAUAACAAAAAAAAAGAAAAAACACAACAACUAAACACUAAACACUAUGCUUAAUGAUUAUGGAUCGAUUUUCGAUUUUUGUUGAAAAUUUGUUAUGCUAUUAUAUAUAUAUAUAUUUUACAAGAAAACAUAAUAUACACACACUAAAAAACAUAAUGUAUAUGUUUGCGUAUAUAUAGUACAAUUUGUGAAACGAAUUUCUGUUCGAUUUCGAUUGAGACAACAAAUUUUUUUUUUGGUAAUUCCCUGCCUAAAAAGCCCCUGAAAACCCAGAAAGCCCCAAAAAAGAAAAAAAACGGAGAUACUUAAGAGCAAGUGAGAGAAGAAACUGUUAUACUACUGUGCUACAAGCAUUCUAGCAUAUCCUGCAGGACAACGGAAAGAGAAACUGUAAAAUCGCACAUUGUUAAAGCAAAAACGAAAACGAAAAGCAACAAAAAACAAGCCGCUAAAGAAGAGACAGACACAGAGGGAUAGAAGGAAGAGAGGAAGAGAGGAAGAGAGAUUGAGAGGGAGAGAGAGAGAGAGAGGAAUACUAGGUAAUGCUACUGUGUCCUUUCUGUAAUUGUAAAUGUUUAUAUAGAACCUAUUACGAAGCGUUAUAUGAUAAUACUGCAUACAUAUAUAUUUACAUAUAUAUAUAUAUAUAAAUAUAAAUAUGAUAUAUUUAGCCACUAUAUUACUGAUUUUUUUUUUUGUAAUGUAUUGCUUGUCUUUGUUUAGUGAAUUUGUUUGUUGUUAACACUUAAGCAGGUAAACUCUAAACAAAAAUAAACUGUUUUUUUUUUCCUUUUGAUAUAGAAACGCACUUUGUGAGCUAUUAUUUAUGUAAUUGUACAUUUGACCUAGUUUAGUGUUUAGUUCUUAUCUUAGUUUCUAAAUGUCGUCGAAGAAGCCAGCAAUACAACCAAUAUAUCCCCCCACCCCACACACCCCCCCUAAAAAACAAACCCAACCCACGGAGCCCUUAAUUAUAUUUAAUUAUUGUUUACGAACAACAAAACGAAGAGAAUGCGAGAAGCAGAAGGCAAAUAUGCGAAAUGGAAAGCAAAUAAAAUUUGUUCUUAAUUCAUACACACAUAAUUGUUACUUAUUUCCCCCCCAAUUUAUUGGUUUUCCAAGCUGAUUUGAUAUUUUCCAGAUUGAUUUCAUCUGUUUUCCACAUGAUUAUCUGUAUCAUUUCAUCAUUUUUGCAGCUGCUGGCCGGCAUGCUCAGGCAACUAAAAAAAACUUAAACAAUUCACAAUCGCAGGCAAAACGAAGUAAACAUUGUUUUUUUGUCUAAUACUAAGCGAUGGAUGAGCCUAACCUAAGAGAUAUGUUAUAAAGAUUGUGGGUGGAGCGAACCAGUGUUUCUAUUUUUCAAGAAAAAGCUAAACAAAGAAAUAAGAAAAAUGUAAUAUAAAGUUAGCCCAUGUUAAAAAAGUGAAAACCAAUUAAAGAGCUCUCGUUAUCAAAAGGCGAUUCAAACACACAAAUUACUAAGAACUACAAACACAAAUCGAAGGCUUGGCGAUCGAGAUGAGAUGAAUUUAGUAAAUGAUAUAAACAAAUGGAAUGUUUGGCGACAGUGAAGCGAAAAUAAAAGCGAUUGAAGCAAACAACCAGAGAAGAAAAUCAAAA